AUGCCGUCGGAAGCCGGCAUUCAGGAGGAAGAGCCCAGGGAGUCAUCGGAGUACAAGCUCCGGAAGCAGCUCCUGCUGCUGGCCGCGCUGGUGGUCAGCGUCACCUACGUGGCGGGGCUGAACCCACCAGGCGGGGUGUGGCAGCAGGACGGGCCUGCUCUUGCUCCUGCUCCAGCUCCGGCAGCUGCUGGCGGCGUCAGCAUCACUGCCGGGGGACCUAUCCUCCGGUUCACGCACCGCCGCAGGUUCCUGUCGUUCUACUACUGCAACUCCACGGCGCUGGCCGCGUCGCUCGUCGUCAUCUUCCUCCUGCUGCUCAAGAACCCCAACAGGGUCCAGCUGGCCGUGCUGCGCCUGGUCAUGGUGCUGGACCUGCUAGGCCUCAUGGGGGCCUACCUCGCGGGCAGCUGCCGGGACAAGCCAGCCACCGUGUACGCCACAUCGCUCGUGCUGGCGCUCUCCGCCUACGUAGGCGUACACAUCCUGCAGGGCUUGUCACACGACAGCUCUCCAUCUUUGCCGGCAGAGGAGGAGGACGGAGACGGAGGCGGCGGCGGCGGCGGCGCCGUGUCCUCGGUCCUUCUCAGGCCCAAGGAACAGCGCAAGGUCCUGUUGCUGCUCGCCACCUUCGCAACGGCCAUCACCUAUGUUGCCGGGCUCAACCUGCCAGGGGGCUUCUGGGACACGUUCGACGACGGCCGGCGGCGGGGUGGUGGCCACGGGCACCGCUACCUCCCUGGCGAUUCACUCGUCGAGGCGCACCACGGGGGCCACCUGAGGAUGUUCUUCUACUGCAACACCACCGCGUUCGUCGCGUCCCUCUUCAUCAUCGUGCUGCUGUUGCACCCAGACAAGAAGAAUAAGCUCACCGCAAGCUCCACGCGGUCGUUCGCGCUGCACGUGUUCGUCAUCGGCUCGCUCGUCGGUCUCAUGGCGGCCUACGAUGCCGGUAGCUGCAGAGACAGUGACUGCAGUGUCUAUGUUGUCAGCCUGUUCGGUGCUGUUCUGGCAUUCGUCUUCCUUACAAUGCUGGUUAUCAUGUCGGUGAAGGGUCUCAGGUGUGUCCAUCCUCGAAACCAUGCUCCAUCCCCGGCUCUGGCUCCAGCUCCAGCUAUGGCAGCAGAAUCGCCGUCUCCAACUGACUGUGAUCAUCGUGUGCUGCCUAGUGCCGAUGACGAUGACGACCACGACAGCCAGUCAAUGUCAUCCCCACCGCCGCCGCCAGCAACAUUGGCGCCAAAUGGCCAAGCAGGCAGCGUUAGUAGCAUUAUUACUGGAGACGCGCCGACCGUCCAGCUCGAGAAGAAGGCAAUAAAGAAGGUGAAGUCUCUCAUCCUGCUGCUCGCCAAUCUGGCAACGACCAUUACAUACCAGGCGGGGCUGGACCCGCCUGGUGGCUUCUGGCCAGAGGACGGCGAGGGCCACCGUGCCGGCGAUGCCAUACUCCUGUCGAAAGACCCGGCACGCUACAAAGCCUUCUUCUACUGCAACUCCACCGCCUUUGCGGUGUCUCUGGUCGUCAUCCUCAUGGUCCAGAAAGAGAAGCUGGUCAGGAGCCACACCUUGCUGGUGGCCAUGACGCUGGACAUGUUUGCCCUCAUCGGCGCCUAUGCCGCAGGGAGCUGCCGAGACCUCGGGACAUCCGUUCAUGUCGUGGCCCUGGCUGGGGCCAUCCUCGUGUACGUGCUCGUACAUGUCCUCCUCUUCACGCUGGGGUCGACUAACGUCGAUGCCACAGUGCCUGAGAAGAAGCACAAGCGGCUACUGCUGGUAGCCAUCUUGGUCGCCACCAUCACCUACCAAGUUGGCCUGGCUCCACCGGGUGGGUUCUGGAACGAGGACGACAGCCGCCGCCACGCGGGGCACGCCGUCCUCCUGGACAAAUUUCCGCGCCGCUUCAAGACCUUCUUCUACUCCAACACGGUGAGCUUCAUGGCGUCUAUCGCGCUCAUCCUCCUCCUAGUCAACCCCAUCCUCUCCCGCCUCGCCAUACGGUGCUACGCUCUCUACGCGUGCCAGGUGGUCGGCCUGUUUGGCCUCAUGGCCGCUUACGCCGCCGGGAGCGCUCGAAAACUGCGGACGUCCAUCUUCGCGUGUGUGCUCAUCGCCGCGGUGAUUGCCUUCGUUCUUGUCAACACCGUCAUGCUGACUUUUUUCAAGAAGAGGAUGAUGGCUCGGGCUGAUGAGGCAGGCACUACUGCGGCACCGUCGUCGUCCAUGGCUCAGCAACUACCAAGACAUGCCCAGGAGACAGAGUACCGCGAUGAAGUGUACGCCAAACGCAAGUACCUGAUGCUGCUCGGAAUCCUGGCCGCAAGUGUCACAUACCAGGCCGGCCUAGCCCCCCCGGGCGGCCUUUGGCAGGACGACGGCGGCGCUGGUACCCACCGGCGACGCGAGGCUGGGAACCCGGUGCUGCACGACACCGACCCACGGCGCUACCACGUCUUCUUCUACAGCAACUCCACAUCCUUCGUCGCGUCCAUUGUCACCAUUGCCCUGCUGCUGCAGCAGAUCCUGCGGAGGCACCGCUCGACCAACCACGAGCUGCUCCUGCUAGCGACCAACACAGCCGUGGUCCUGGACCUGCUGGGCCUCCUGGUGGCCUACGCGGCUGGCAGCACCAGGGAGUGGGGGAAUGUCGUCGUCUUGACCCUCCUGGUUUUGCUCUUCAUGGCUAUCCAUGCCGUGGUAUGGUUGUUCGGCCAGAGACGUCGCUGCGUCGCCGGAGAUGACCGAGGAGCAAGUACUAGUAACGGUCGGAUUGGAGAGCAACUAGAAAGUGGUCAUCACCAGUCUUCCCGUGUCCAGGAUCAGGUCGUUUAG